AUGUCUCCUACCAACCGUGCCUCCUGGCUCACUACCAAACAGUGCCCAGUCAAUGUUGUCGAUUCUGCUCCUUACACUUCUCCCAUUGCCAACGAACUGGUGAUCCGAACAAAGGCCAUAGCCUUAAACCCAGCCGACGUCGUUGUCCAGCAACUGGGAGUACUAUUGACUCAGUACCCUGCCAUUCUAGGCUGCGAUGUUGCUGGUGAGGUAGUAGAGGUCGACCCUUCCCUUUCAGAUACGUUUAAAGUGGGUGAUCGUGUUACUGGCUCUGCUGCUUGUGUGCACCUGCGCGAUGGAAACUACUGCUACUCCGGGUUUCAGGAAUACGUCGUUCUGAAAAUGCCUUUCAUUGGAAAGAUACCCGAAGGUGUUAGAUACGAAGAGGCUGCAGUGCUGCCGCUAGGAAUAAAUACCGCUGCUAGCUGUCUAUUCUCCGACAAGACGUUAGAUCUGAAUCUUCCUUCCAACGAAGGCAAAACGCUGGAAAAGAAACAGACGGUACUGAUCUGGGGUGCCAGUAGUAGCGUUGGCUCUUGUGGUGUGCAGCUGGCUACCCACGCCGGAUACGAAGUUGUCGGUGUGGCGAGCGCAAAGAAUCAUGAGAUGGUCAAGCACCUCGGAGCCCGCGUUUGUUUUGAUCAGAAUGACCCCACAGUCGUGGAUAGCAUUGUCAAAUAUCUACAGGACAAGGAUGUCGUGGGAGCAUUCAGCUCUGUCAGCAGCGAGGCCGCCUUGGAUUCCUUGUGUGAGAUUCUCGAUCGAAAUGGUGGGAUAAAAGUAGUAGCUUCAGUGGUACCUGGCGCAGAACAAAAGGCAUCUAGGCAAGUGACAAUCAGGACGAAUUUCACCACGGACAUCGAAAAGAAUUCUUUCACGCGCCCUGUGUGGAAGUGGCUCAAUAGAGUCAUGGAUGAAUCCAAAAUCAAGUAUCUUCCACAGCCGGAAAUCGUUGGAUAUGGGCUGGAAGAUGUACAGAAGGGCGUUGAUUUGUUGGCAAAGGGAAAGGUGUUCUGCCUCUUGCUGCUUUCAAACAUCAUGUCGCCUAAAAAGGUGCGAAGCUUGACGUCGAGGCUUGCAAGCUCCGACAAUGCACUUUCCUUGUUUGUUUCAGAGACAGACUGUGUGUGUCGCUUUUUUAACCCCAAGAAUUUCUGCCAACAGAUGACAGGUGUUUAUAGUGACGUGGGCCGCUUGUGGACGGGCGCAAGAAUAUUCGCAGACGGCGAUGAGAAAUGCCGCCUGGAUGAGAGGAACACGAGGGACACUAUGCCCUCGAAAAUAAAUUUAAAUAUGGCAGCUAAAUCAGGAGAAACAACUGCACAACUGCAAUGUGUGCAGAAGGGCGGUCCUCUCCAGGUCGUACAAGUGCCUAAGCCCAGCGUGAAGCCGGACCAGGUACUCAUCCGCCAGGCUUUUGUCGGUCUGAACGGUUUGGACUGGAAGCAACGCGACUCCGGAAUGUUCAUUUCUCGUUGGCCACACGUUCUUGGUGUCGAAGGCGCUGGCGUGAUUGAGGUCGUCGGUUCAGACGUCAAGCAUCUUCAACCUGGCGACGAGGUGAUGGCGUGGGAGGUCGGAAUGGCACACGGCGAGGAAUGGGGCGGUGCUUACCAGGAGCAUCUCGUCAUGCCGGUACGCUAUGUUACUAAGAAGCCCAACAAUAUCAGCCUCGAACAGGCCGCCUCGCUGCCAGUUUGCUAUAUAACGGCUAUCUGUGCUAUCUACUGUCUUGGUUUAAACCUUCCAGUUGCAUAUCUGCAAGGGAAAUCAGAAUCCAAACACGCUCCCUCGUCUGUUCUCAUCUUGGGUGGCAGUUCGUCAAUUGGCGCCAACGCGAUCCAACUUCUUCGACUAGCAUACCCAUCCAUGCCCAUAUUUGCAACCAGUUCUCCUCAUAAUCAGGCCCAACUGAUCUCUCUGGGUGCGACGCAAGUAUUUAACUACCGCAGCCCAGGAUUGGUGUCGUCAAUCAAGGCUGCAUCGCCGGACGCUGCCGGUGUCGACAUGAUCAUCGAUUGUCUGGCUGCCGGCGCAACGCAAAGUGAUAUUUGCGAUUCAUUCGACCCUAAAGGAUCUAAAAGAUACUCUUCUGUUAUGUCUGGAAUCACAGUUCCGGUUCCAGAUGGGGUCACAAAAUUCGAGGUCAAUGGGAUGAUCCUCCUGGAGAUUGAGGGUGGAGAGCGGGUUAUUCCAGCACUGACGGACUUGAUCGAGGGCGGCAAAUACCAGGUGCCGUUGCCAGUAAAUUUCAGCCGAAGACAAGAAUCGGUCGAAUUGAAAAAAAAAAUGUCGCCCAGGUCUGAGAGUGUUACAUCACGCGCCCCAACAAAGUCUUUAGACAUACAUUCCGAGAGUGAUAGAGGCCAAAGGCAAGAUGAAGAGAUUGAAGAGGAAGUAUUCGGACGGUCGGAAGAUGAUAUUGGGACACCAGAUACAUCGUCCACCUCAAAUAAAGAGAGACAGCGUGGGCUAUAUGCUGCCGGUAGAGGCGGUUAUAACGCGCUGAAAAUGUUCAAUGGCCAGGUAUACUCAGGCAUGACGGUGGGUUCCUCACAUGAAUGGGACUACGACCAAGGACUGUGGAAGGAAACCAAGAUUGAACCCGACUUGUGGAAAAUUGACUACCAAGCGACGAAGCGGCGUGCUAGAAAGGCACCGAAAGGAAGUGGUGUACCUGUUGGUGCACAAUAUCAUUGGUACAUUAUCGCUCACCAGUAUGUGGAAAAGACAGAUGAGAAUACUUACGAGACCCAUCUUCUUGGUUCCAAAUACAAGCUAGCACACAAGUCCGCAUCUGAAACGUCGUGGUCUAUCCCCACUGUUAAAGGUCAAAGAGAACAGGAAAUUAACCUUCUUGAAGAUGCCAAAAGACGAAUUCAAAACCUCCCGCCGGUCUUGGCGAGUGAGAAGGUGAAAGAGAGAAAAAAGGAAAAAGGGCAACAAACACUAGACAAAUUGUUCACUAAAAGGAAAGGUGCAUGUAGUGAUGAAGGUCACCAGAUAAAUAAAAUAGCCAAGCUUAGACAUGAUAAAUGA